AUGCAUCUCGUACCAAAGGAGCUCGAUAAGCUCGUCACCUCUCAAUUGGGCUUGCUGGCUCAGCGUAGACUUGCUCGCGGAGUCCAACUGAACCAUGCAGAGGCUACCGCUUUGAUUGCUAGUAAUCUGCAAGAGCUCAUCCGUGAUGGCAACCACUCUGUGGCAGAUCUCAUGUCAAUCGGCAAAACAAUGCUUGGGAGGCGUCAUGUCCUCCCAUCUGUUAUUUCCUCUCUUGCCGAGCUCAUGGUCGAGGGCACAUUCCACAGUGGCACAUAUCUCGUGACCGUUCAUCAUCCCAUAAGUUCUGAUGAUGGCGAUUUGGAAAAGGCCUUAUACGGCAGUUUUCUCCCCAUCCCACCAACGCACCUCUUCCCAGUACCAGAUCCUCAGGAAUAUGAUACUGAGAGAACGCCUGGGAUUGUUGUACCAGUCAAGGAGGGCAGAAUUACACUGAAAGGGGGCAGGAAAAGGAUGACACUGAAGGUGGUCAGCAAGGGAGACCGCCCGAUACAAGUCGGUUCUCACUAUCAUUUGAUUGAAGCAAAUCCCCAACUAGAAUUUGACCGCCUCAAGGCCUAUGGCUACUUCCUCGAUAUUGCUGCGGGAACGUCCGUUCGGUUUGAGCCGGGAGACACAAAGACAGUCACUUGCGUUGAGAUCGGAGGCAAGAAGAUCAUUAGGGGCGGCAAUGGAAUAGCUUCUGGCCCUGUCGACCUUUCUCGCGCAGAUGAGAUUUUGAAAAGGCUACAGGAGGGAGAAUUUGCACAUACACCACAACCCGCAGGGGAUAGCGCUCACAUCGAACCUUCCACAAUGAGCCGCGAGGGAUACAACGGAAUGUUUGGGCCAACCGUUGGCGAUACUGUGCGACUCGGUUUGACAAGCUUGUGGAUUAAGGUCGAGAAAGACUAUACUGUGUACGGCGACGAAUGCAGUUUUGGUGGAGGAAAGACAUUGCGAGAGGGUAUGGGUCAGGCUAGUGGCCGUUCAGACGUUGAGUCGUUGGAUACUGUCAUCUCGAAUGCUCUCAUCGUGGACUGGAGUGGAAUUGUCAAGGCCGACAUUGGCAUCAAGAACGGGGUCAUCGUUGGCAUCGGCAAAGCAGGCAAUCCGGACGUCAUGGAUGGUGUUGACCCGGCCAUGAUAGUAGGUUCCUGCACGGAUGUCAUCGCAGGUGAGGGCAAGAUAAUUACAGCUGGUGGUAUGGACUCCCAUAUCCACUUCAUAUGCCCUCAACAGGCACACGAGGCUGUGGCUUCGGGCAUCACAACCAUGCUUGGAGGAGGCACGGGCCCAAGUACAGGUACCAAUGCAACAACCUGUACACCCGGGAAAACUCAUUUGCGCCAGAUGCUUCAAGCCUGUGAUGAGCUUCCCAUCAAUUUUGGGAUUACAGGCAAAGGCAACGAUAGCAGUCCUCGAGCCUUGCAGGAGCAGUGCAUUGCAGGAGCCGCAGGUCUGAAGCUGCAUGAAGACUGGGGUACGACUCCAGCCGCAAUUGACACAUGUCUCAGUGUUUGUGAUGAGCAUGACGUGCAAUGCCUGAUCCAUACGGACACGCUUAAUGAGUCAGGGUUUGUCGAGCAAACGAUCAAAGCUUUCAAAAAUCGAACAAUUCACACCUACCACACUGAAGGCGCAGGAGGAGGGCAUGCACCUGACAUCAUCUCCGUUGUAGAACAUGGCAAUGUUCUUCCUAGCAGCACUAAUCCUACCCGGCCUUAUACUCGCAACACUCUGGAUGAGCAUCUGGAUAUGCUAAUGGUGUGUCACCAUCUAUCUAAGAACAUCCCUGAAGAUGUCGCUUUCGCGGAAUCACGUAUCCGUGCAGAGACAAUUGCUGCCGAAGACGUUUUGCACGACCUCGGCGCUAUCAGUAUGAUGUCCUCCGACUCGCAAGCAAUGGGUCGUUGUGGGGAAGUCAUACUACGGACCUGGAACACUGCACACAAGAACAAAUUACAGAGAGGCACCCUGAAAGAAGACGAGGGUACAGGAGCAGAUAAUUUCAGAGUCAAGAGGUAUAUUAGCAAAUAUACGAUCAAUCCCGCAAUCACCCAAGGUAUGGGCCACAUGAUUGGAAGUGUCGAAAUCGGCAAGUUAGCAGAUCUUGUUCUCUGGAAUCCGGCCAACUUUGGGACGAAGCCCACAAUGGUCAUCAAAAGUGGCAUGAUAUCCCACAUGCAAAUGGGAGAUCCCAACGCAUCCAUCCCCACCGUUGAACCUAUUGUAAUGCGUCCAAUGUUUGCCACCUUCGUUCCCCAAACAUCGAUAACUUUUGUAUCCAAAGCCUCUGUCGAUACUGGGACCGUUCAGACUUACAAAUUGCGCAAACGGAUUGAGAUUGUAAAGAAUUGCAGGAACAUUGGCAAGAAGGAUAUGAAGUUCAACGAUUAUAUGCCAAAGAUGAAGGUGGACCCUGAAACAUACGUCGUCGAAGCAGAUGGAGUGGCAUGUAAAGCGGACCCUGCCACAGAAUUGCCGUUGGCGCAGACGUACUAUGUCUAUUGA